AUGUUGCCGAGGCUGGUGCGGCUGGAGGCUGCCAUCUCCCCGGCCCAUCAAAGCGUCUUUGACUUCCUGCUCAACGUGGCUGCAGAAAACAAGCUCAAGGCAACGUUGCGUGUAGCGGGUGGGUGGGUACGGGACAUGUUGCUCGGUUUGCACUCGAACGACAUUGACAUUGCCAUCGAGACCCACGCAGGCACGAAGCUCGUCACAGGCGAAGUCUUCGCCCACCGCGUAUCCGAGUACCAGCUGGCUCACGGCGGCCGGAGCCACACAGUGAGCGUCAUUCGGGCCAAUCCGGCCCUCUCCAAGCACAUUGAAACUGCCACGGUACGUGUCCACGAAAUCCCGGUAGAGUUCUGUGCUCUCCGCACUGACGUGUACACGAGUGAGUCGCGCAUUCCCCAAGUGCGCCCGGCGGCUCCCUUGGAGGAUGCGCAGCGCCGCGACUUCACCAUCAACGCUCUCUUCUACAACUUGCACACCGGCAUGGUGGAGGACUACACCACCGGCUUAGAGGACCUGCGUCUGCGCAUCAUCCGGUGCCCGUUGGAACCGCGAACAACCUUCAUGGACGACCCGCUUCGCCUGCUGCGCGGCGUGCGUUUUGUUGGCCAGUUAGGCGCGCUCAACUUUUCGCUGGAUGAAUCGAUCACCAGCUGCGUGGAUGAUUCGCUGCUUGACGUGCUUCAGCAGAAGGUGUCUCGUGAGCGUGUCGGGAAGGAGUUUGUGAAGAUGAUGGUGGCCGCUCACCCUGAGCGGUGCAUCGCACUGCUGCAUGACAUGCACAUCCUGCAGCACAUCUUACUGGUCAGUGUGGUGAUGCGGCAGGUGCCCGGCAAGAAGCAGCUGUCGAAUGAGAUUGACCGAGUGGAGAGGUUGGUAGAUCUUUAUCCAGAUGGAUCGAAGAGGCUGGAGACAGUGAUGCGACUGAGCGCUGUCGGCUUGCCGUGCCUCGCCAAUAUCGGCGCGGCGGCCGAAUUGUCCGAGGGGCAGCGAGUGGAGGUGGCUCUCUUCUUUCUCGUCAUUCCUUUCUUUCGUGGCGAGACCGAGAGUGUUGACGAGACGGUGCGCAAUGUCUGCAUGAAUGGGCUGAAGCUUCCGCUGGCAAGCUGCGAUUGUGUGCGACGCUUGAUCGACGCAUACAACCACCUUCACGCGCAGUCCAUGAGGAUGGAUGAGCUCGCUGCCGAGACGCUUCGCCCCAAAACGGUGAUAAAGGUGUUUGACGCCUUGAACAUCCUUAACGACAAGCACGUCUUUCGUCAUGCCCUCCAAGUUGUUCUGCUAGUCUACAUGCUAAUCGAGGAAUCGGCUCACCUACUGUCAAGCGGCGGACUACAGCAGGCCACGAGCAACUUCACCGCGGCGUGGGCGCGGGUUGCCGAGCACCCUGUGCUGCUCGAUGCCUUCCAGCUGAGGCUGCCCAUCAAUGGAAAGGACCUGCAGAAGGUGUACGGUAUUCCACCCAAGAACGUUGGAACAACACUGCUAAAGAUGCGGCUCAAGCUCGUGCUCUGCCCCCAAAUGACGCCCGAAGACGUUGCGCAGUGGCUGAUGGAGGGUGCGAAGGUGUGA